CCUCCCUUCUGCUUCCUCCUCUCCUGUUUCCCGGCUACAGACUGCUCCAGAGCUGGAUAAAAAUAGCGGUGGCAGUGGCGGGGAACUAGGACCCCCAGACUGACAGAGCUGGAAGCCGCGUGGAGCCAGGGGCAACACUGCCAUGACGACCAAGCACAGGCCACAGGACAGGUAUAAAGCAGUAUGGCUUAUCUUCUUCAUGCUGGGGCUGGGCACCCUGCUGCCAUGGAAUUUCUUUAUGACUGCCACCAUGUACUUCAGAAGCCGACUGGGCCCACCCCAGAAUAAUUCGGAUGUCUUAACAGAGGAAAACAGGGACCUCCUUACUGCUACAUCAUCACCCCCACUGAAGCCCACUUUCCUGGACUCCAUUUUCAACAAUGUCAUGACCAUAUGUGCCAUGCUUCCCCUUCUGGUCUUCACCUGUCUCAACUCUUUCCUACAUCAGAGGAUCCCUCAGGCCCUGAGGAUCUUGGGCAGUCUGGUGGCCAUCUUGCUGAUGUUUGCCGUGACGGCUGUCCUGGUGAAAGUGAACCUUGAUCCCAUGACUUUCUUCACUCUCACCAUGGUCAAGAUUGUUAUUAUCAAUUCAUUUGGAGCCAUUCUUCAGGGCAGCCUGUUUGGCCUGGCUGGCCUCCUGCCUGCCAGCUAUACAGUUCCCAUCAUGAGCGGCCAGGGUCUGGCCGGAACCUUUGCUGCUGUGGCCAUGAUCUGUGCCAUUGCUAGUGGUUCAGAACUGGAACAGAGUGCUUUUGGAUACUUUAUCACUGCUUGUGGUGUCAUUGUCAUUUCUAUCUCAUGCUACUUGGUCCUGCCUAGCCUGAAAUUCUACCAGUAUUACCAGCAAGUCAAGAUAGAAGCUCUUGGGGAGCAGGAAACCAAAAUGGAUUUGAUUCGAAGAGGAAUUUUGCGGAGGUCCUGCAAGUUUGACACCUCUGCACUAAGCCACACUUCCUCUUGGGUAGUGUUACUGUCUUCGAUUUACUUCUGGGGGGAAACAGAAGCCCAGAAAGGAGAAGGGACUUGCCCAAGUUCACAAAAGCAAGGAACCCAAGAACUAGGAGGGACCUCAGUUGGCGGAGAAAACUCUGCCAAUAGUGGAGAAGGAGGGAUGUCAAAUCCCAACGCACAUGAGAGGCCGUCCAUCAUAGCUAUCCUCAAACAGAUCUGGGUUCUGGCAUUGUCUGUCUGCUUUGUCUUCACCAUCACCAUCGGCAUCUUCCCUUCUGUGACCGCUGAGGUCCAGUCCACCAUUGCAGGGACCAGUGACUGGAAAAAGUACUUCAUUCCUGUCUCCUGCUUCGUCACUUUCAAUGUCUUUGACUGGGCUGGCCGGAGCCUCACUACUGUCUACAUGUGGCCGAAAAAGGACACCCGAUGGCAACUUCCUGCCCUGGUAGUGGCGAGGAUUGUGUUUGUGCCGUUGCUGAUGCUGUGCAAUGUUCAUCCAAGGAAGAACCUGCCUGUGGUCUUCAACCAUGAUGCCUGGUUCAUCAUCUUCAUGAUAUUCUUUGCCUUCUCCAAUGGCUACCUCGCUAGCCUCUGCAUGUGCUUUGGCCCCAAGAAAGUGAGUCCUUCAGAGGCUGAGACUGCAGGUACAAUCAUGGCCUUCUUCCUCUCCCUGGGCCUGGCCCUGGGUGCCUUAUUAUCCUUCCUGUUACGGGCUAUAGUGUGACUACUUUGAAUCUUCCAGCCGCCCUCCCUGCCCUGCCUCAUCCACUUCUGACCUCUGUUUUCUCACUACCUGUGAUGGGGAUGGAGGGCAGAACUCCUUCUUUGGACACUGAGAGCCAAAUAGCUAGAGCUGUCAUCCUGGGGAAGGGGUCCCAAAGGACAGCACCGAGAGGUCAGUAGCUUCCUGCAGUAUUUUACUGACUGACUGAUGGAACCCAUCUAUCGGCAAAACAGUGUUUGUCCCCCCACAGCUCUGUGUGUGUCUGUCCAUCCCCAUGUCCAUCCCUCUGUAUGUCUGUGUCUGGUGUCAGGGGGCCAGGUGGAUAAGAUGAAGCAUUGCUUUAAGGUCAUAUUUUUUCUGGCCGUGUUUUUCCAUCCAUUCAACCCCAGCACUUUCCCUAACCCUAGCCUUUCCAUGUAAUGUCUCAUGUACAGUGCCAUUUAUUGCCUUUUUUAUACUCAAGACAGAAACCAGGUGCCCCUCAAAGACAUCAAAUAAAUCAUUGAGGAUUUUUUUUUUUU